AUGGACGACGAUGCGUUGGCGCGACCGGCGGUGUUCGUGGAGGCGGAGCGACGGGCGAGCGCGGAGGCGGAGCGACGCGCGCGCGAGGCGCGCGCUCGACGAGAAGAAGCAGAAGCGGAAGAAGAAGCAGAAGCAGAAGACGACGACGAGAUAGAUUCAGACGCGACGGACGACGAGGAAGCGUUCGAUUGGCGCGCGGUGCGCGCGAACGGGGACGGGAACGACGGGACGACGGCGCGCGAGGUCGAGGCGGACGCGGAGGCGAGCGCGCGGCGGUCGGCGACGCUCCCGACGCGAAACCUCGCGAAGACGCAGCCGUGGCGCGCGCGGUUGCCGAAUUUCACGCCCGUGCGCGAGCUUCCGCCGCAGAGUUUUCACGACGGCGAGCUCGUGUUCGUGGAUUACGAGGCCCAGUUCGGCGGGCCGCGGAGCGCGGCGUCGAAGGCGUUCGCGAGGCGCGAGGCGAGGGCGUUCGGCGGCGUCGGCGCGCGAGACCGCGCGGCGGCGUCGACCGCGCCGACCGCCGCCGUCCCGCGCUGGUUCACGGACGAGCGCGGUCGCAAAACCUUCGUCGACGCGCGCGGGAAAUCGCUCGUGGGCAAAGCCGCGUACGCGGCGUCGCAAAGGCUUCGCGCGUGA